AUGAAAGGAAACAAGGACGGAACCAACAGGUUCCUGCGUGGAAUGACCAUCACUCCUCCAGCACAAAACAGAAAAGAAAACACCCCACCUACUGACAAUGAUGUUGAUUCAAAAGCGGCGUCCAGCGCACGGUCCCUUCUGCAGUCGACCGGUCUUUCCCAACUCAGAAAUCGUUGGUUCGGAUAUCAACAGCUUGGAGACCAGCAUGAGCCGGAGACCACGACCACGGGCCAGACGGUCCAGACCUCAUCUACAGGUGUGGGAGCACAACCUGAUGCACUCCCUGACAUGGAGGAUGUUGUAGAGGAACCCGGCAACGCUAUCUCAGCAUUUGGUCGCGACCGUACUUCUGGAACUGACGUAAGCAACCAAGUAUUAUCAACUCCAGUCCUCGUCUUGGUACAAUUUCUCACCCAUCUUGAGCAGACGUCAAUAACCCACCCUGAGCAGACGUCAACAGACGAACAAUAUCGGAGUGCUGUGGCCAAGUUGGACCACUGGAUGCAAACGCCACAGCCAUCUUCUCGCUGCCGCGGGUGCAGCGAAACCGCACUUGACGAAGCGUACAUCCUGCGCCUGUUCGACCUCACAGUCCCGCUCCACUGCCAUGCUUGUAACGAAGAGCAUCCCACUGUCCAAUUCAGUCCAUCCCAACGCGAUACCACAAUACGGACUUGUAUUGCACGCCAAGGUUACCGGACACUCUGUUCCCACUGGAACAUUACUCUCGACGACCUGCGAGAGUGGCAAAACCACAUAAAGCGGCAAGCCGGUGGUGUAUACGUCAAAAGCACGCAUCCUGCUCAUCAAGACGAUGCCCCCGAAUCGGACCGCUGCCCAUUUGGCAACCUCACAGUCAGAGUUUUUGAGGGGAGUACCGAACUAUGCGUCCAUGUCACAUGGGAGUCUGUCAUCAAAGUCGACACGCAAGAGCUAGACGGGUUCGAGAUCUGCAAAAAGAUAUUGGAUGAUCUUCACGACCUCUGCCCCGAGGCUUUGGGCCCUCCGCACCUUACUUCCCAUCACAUCCGCUCUGUCACGCGCGAGAGCCUGUUUGAUGACGCACUAUAUCUAGAUCAUGAUCGGUGCCUCUACCUCGAAAACAUGGACGGUCUGAUCGAGGGAGACGGAUACCCCACAGUCAAGUACGAGAGCCGUCUUAUGAUACCCGUGUUGGCAGAGGUCGACCCGACAAUCCUUGACGGACUCUGGCCGGUUUACAUCGAUCCACGAAGCUACGGUCUCCGAGAUGACGAGCUGGGAAGAGGCAUCACAUGGUGCGACGACAUGAACUGCCCUACGAUGCGUGGAAGGGUGCAGUGGGAGGUAGUCGCUGAGAAGAUGUCGACCGGUGUCCUUUCCAAUCAAUACAUGUGGGAUGGCUGUGUGCUCCCUCAGAGGCGGGAGGACGUACCUGUCCGGAAUCAGAAGAGGUUAUUGUCGCAGUUCGAACGGGAGACAAAGACUAUGUGGCUGAACCGCGAGGAGUGGACGCGGUGUUGACAAGGCCCUCACUAGUUAAGGUUGCUGGGCUGGUGAUGAAGGCCAGCCAGAUGCAGGUCUAGGUAGUAUUGGCCCAAGACCCAAUCAAAUAUUAUGAUCAUAUUUGGUAAACGAUUUCCUCCUCGGGUGGUUGGGGUCCCUGGUUUCGGUUGACUGGUCGUAUGGUGCUCCGCCCGGAUUUGUGUGAGCGGGUGCAAACAUCGGAAACGAGGCAUUGUCCCGGGAAUGUGGGUUGGUCGCGGAAACGGACAUGAAUUCAAUACUGGGGGGCUGGUACUUGGUCAAUCAUCGUCACUCGCCACCCCAGCGUCACGUCACGCACGGCGCGGGGUUUCGCAAGACUCCAGUCGACAUGCAUGGAGG